GCCCUUCUUCGCUGCUUUCUUCUUCUGGAAUUUCCACUCUGUUAUCUGCUGUACCUCUUCAAUUUUACGCCAUUGAUUAAUAAAGUUCUCGCAGUUGGAGAAUUUCUUCAUCUUCUGGGAUUCAUAUAUCCAGCUUUCUGCAUUUGGCGCUUAGGGUUUAGCGAUUCUCAGCUGCUGUCCACCUCCUCUUCAAGUUCCACGGCUCUUUCUGUUUUAUUUCGCUUGUUGUUCGGGAGAUUGCUUUAGCCGCCAGUGUUGUUUGAUUGAUAAGUCGAGGAGUGCCCAUUUGAUAAUUUGGUAGAAUCUGAAAUCCCCAUUUCCCAUUAAUUGGAUUCGAUUCUCAGUGAUCGGGGCAGAAAUUCAGUCUUUCGGUUGAAGCGAACCUAUUUGAUACUUUGCCUCAGAGAGCUAGUUUGGAAAGGAAGGAGGAAGUUUGUGUUUCUCGUGGUGCUGCUGUCUGGUGGGCUAUCUGGGGUUUGAAGAUUCUCAUUUUCGGUAUCUGAUCGGUGAGGUUUUAUUGAUGGCGGAGCCGGAAUCGAAGCCUGAAGUUUCUGUGGAGACAUCGCCUGAUUUGCUUAAGAAUACGCCAUCGAACAUUGCGCGGUUGGAAGAUGUAAUAGAGCACUCGAAAGGUCGGCAGAAGUAUCUUGCACAGACCAAAAGUCCAUCUGAUGGUGGUGACGUGAGGUGGUACUUCUGUAGGGUACCUCUAGCUCCAACAGAGUUAGCUGCAUCUGUUCCUCGCAACGAAGUAGUAGAAAAGGGCGAAUAUUUUCGUUUUGGAAUGAGAGAUUCACUUGCAAUUGAGGCUUCAUUCUUGCAGGUCAUACUUGUUAUCCUUCAUCUGCAGAAUGAAGAAGGGUUGCUUUCUACUUGGUGGAAAGAGUACGCAGAAUGUAGUGAAGGUCCAAGAGGACAACCAUCUUCAAGCAAGAAGAUAGAUGCCGAAGAUUCUAAUCUAUUUGAUACGGAGGAAGAAAGAGUUGGUGUGCCUGUGAAAGGAGGGUUGUAUGAGGUAGAUCUACCAAGGAGGCAUUGUUUUCCUGUUUACUGGAACGGAGAAAACCGGCGAGUCCUGAGAGGUCACUGGUUUGCUCGUAAGGGGGGCUUAGAUUGGCUUCCUCUUCGUGAAGAUGUUUCUGAACAAUUAGAGGUGGCAUACCGCAGCCAGGUUUGGCAUCGUAGAACAUUUCAACCCUCUGGACUAUUUGCUGCUCGUGUUGAACUGCAAGGAUUUACACCAGGACUUCAUGCUCUUUUUAUGGGUGAAGAUGAUACCUGGGAGGCUUGGCUCAAUGUUGAUGCUUCCGGUGUUGCUAGUAUUGUUAAUUUUAGUGGAAAUGGGAUUAAGUUAAGGCGUGGUUAUUCUGCGCCGUCCUCAACAAAACCAACUCAGGAUGAAUUGCGGCAGCAGAAGGAGGAGGAAAUGGAUGAUUACUGCUCACAGGUUCCUGUACGACAUGUGGUAUUUAUGGUCCACGGUAUUGGUCAAAGGUUGGAGAAAUCUAAUUUGGUCGAUGAUGUUACCGAAUUUCGACAUAUUACUGCGAGUCUUGCUGAAAGGCAUCUAACCUCUCAUCAACUUGCUGCUCAGCGGGUUCUCUUUAUUCCAUGCCAGUGGAGAAAGGGCUUGAAACUUAGUGGUGAAGCUGCUGUUGAAAAGAUCACUUUAGAUGGUGUACGUGGCCUUCGUGUGAUGCUUGGUGCAACAGCUCAUGACGUAUUGUACUACAUGAGUCCAAUCUACUGUCAAGAUAUUAUUAAUUCGGUGUCAAACCAGUUAAACCGUUUGCAUUCAAAAUUUCUCAAGCGAAAUCCUGGGUAUGAUGGUAAGGUUUCCUUAUAUGGUCAUUCGUUGGGGAGUGUUCUCUCUUAUGACAUCCUCUGCCAUCAAGAGAACCUGUCAUCCCCAUUUCCUAUGGAGUGGAUGUACAAAGAACAGCCUUCCACUCCAAAUUCACUCCCUGAUGUGAAUGAGGAAUCUUCAAUGCAUAACCCUUUGCCCAAGCUGGAUGGUACCUUUUCCACUGAACAAAUAGUGGAUUCUGCUGAUGAGGCAUCGACUCCAGUUCAUGAAGUUAAGGCCACGUCAGGGGAGUUCGAGAAAGCCGAAGGUUUUCCCAAUUCGGAUGACAAUGGUCGAACCCUGUCUGAGGAAAAGGAUGGGUUAGAUAAAGAUGCCACUACGACAGUCGAUGACUCAAUUGAAGGACUGGAGAAUGAGGCUGUCGAAAACUGCAAAGCGGAUAAUGUCAAAGAGGUUGAAUUGUUGAAGGAAGAGAUCAAUUGCCUUAAAGCGAAAAUGGCAGAAUUGGAAUCGAGGAGUGUGACUGGGCCUGCUUGCGAAAGUAAGGAGAUGCCUGAAACAAAAGCAAGCGAGUCCACAUAUGAGAAUACCCCUACCACUUUGCAAAAUGAACCACAGAAUUACACCCCCUACAUAAAGUACACAAAACUUGAAUUUACGGUAGACACGUUUUUUGCUGUCGGUUCCCCUCUUGGAGUAUUCCUCGCUCUUCGUAACAUUCGUAUCGGAGUUGGCAAAGGGCAAGAAUAUUGGAUGGAAGAAAAUAUCACAGAGGAGAUACCAGCCUGUAGGCAAAUGUUCAACAUUUUCCACCCAUUUGAUCCUGUAGCUUACAGAAUAGAGCCACUUGUAUGUAAAGAAUACAUCAACAGGCGUCCUGUCAUUGUUCCUUACCACAGAGGUGGAAAGCGUUUGCACAUUGGAUUUCAAGAAUUUUCUGAAGAUUUAGCUGCUCGGUCGCAGGCAAUCAAGGAUCGUUUAAAUUCUGUAAGGGUUAAAGUUCUUACAAUGUGCCAGUCGAAAAAUGAAAAUAGCUUCGAUGGACAAGAGGAAAAUGUUCAGGAUAGGAAUGAGAGAACAUACGGCACUCUCAUGAUGGAAAGGUUGACUGGAAGUGAAGAAGGGCGAAUAGAUCACAUGCUUCAGGAUAAAACUUUUGAACAUCCAUAUCUACAAGCAAUUGGAGCACAUACGAACUACUGGAGGGAUUGCGACACUGCACUCUUCAUCUUGAAACACUUAUACCGGAACAUAUCGGACGAGGCCGAUCACGACGAUGAGACUGGCGAAGGAGACUCCUCGAGAGAUGGAAAUAGUGGCUGCGGUACCUCGACAUGGCAGGAACGGAGAGAGUCGGCAGAGGAGGAACUUCCUUUAACUUUCUCCGACCGACUGACCAUGAAGAACUUCUCCAGGAAAGCAAAGAAAUUCAUGAGGAAGUCGUGAUAGCUCAUCAGAGACAAACAUGGUUGGUUAUGUUCAUAGGGUUUCCGUAGUAGGGCACAGAACAGUAAGCUGUAUCUUUGUACACAAACAAUAAAAAGGGUAUCUUGAAAAAGUUUAUUUUGAAGCCUUGCCUCUACCACGAUAUGUACAUAGAAACAUGUGUGAUUGUGAGUGUGACAAAAUGGGUGCACCAGUUGUAUAUAGACUUGGGACUGGGUGGCUGUUUGUUUGAUUCUAUGUUGUUUUUAAGUUUAUCAGAUAGAUUGUAAGUAGUAUCCAAUGUAUAAAAAGUAAAAUGAUGUCUGCAUCAAUUCGUAUCAGAGCUCGUUUCUGAUUUUAUGGAGGAACUAAUUCCUUCAAUCAUAUAUCACGUAUUUCUAUUCAAUUCUCUCUAUACUUCCGAUUCUCGUUACCUGCAUCAUACAGUUCGACUUCAGAAACCACAGCAACAAUCAUUGUUCUAAAUCAUAAAUUCUACCAGCAGAACAGCUUGCAUCUCAGAAACAAAAGACUUGGUGGAGCAUCUCCACUCCACUACUUUGAGAGUUGGAAGAGAGCUUCCUCUGACAUCAAGCAUUCCAAAAAUGUUAUAUACCUUGCUUCUCUGAUUCUCUCACUCCUUCCCUAGAUCCUCCAUGACAGCUUCAAUGCCACUGGAAUUAAUAAAACCCUACCUUGUUCUUCACACAACUUCGCUUCCAAUCCAACCUUACUCCACCUUCUUCCCCAUCUUCUUCAUCCCUUCCAUUGCCUUUCCUUCCACAAAACCACCUGCAACCCACAAACAAACCUACUCCAACUAAACUAUAAUAAACUGCAACCAAACCAACCACUCUUGACAGGUUUCCUCAAAUAUAAAGAAGCUGCCACUCGGAAAAUGGUGCUGAAGAAACUGAGCAGAAAGGUCAAAACCUUAGUCACUAAGCCAUUCGACAAGAAACGCGGUAGAAGCAGCCCUCCUCCUCUGCCUCCAGCUCCUUCCUUCCAUAAACCUCCCUCUCCAAUCCACUUCUCUCCAUCGUCCCCUGAACAACAACAACUACUACUCUCCCCAAUCAUGCCUCCGCCGCCGCACCGCCGCCGCCCUGCUUUCCCAUUUGUCUUCCCGCAGGAGAACUCCACCGUCCUCCCGGACCCAUCCGCCUUCUUCUCCACCGCCCUCCUCUCUUCCCCUCUCCCCACCAAUUCCUUCUUCCAGAACUUCACCCUCAAAAAUGGCGAUCAGCCAGAGUACAUCCACCCUUACCUCGUCAAACCCACCGGCUCUGCCCUCUCCGUCUCCUACCCAUCCAUCUUCCACAACUCUGCUUUCACUUACCAGGUUUUCAACGCCGAUCUCACCCUCUCCGCCGCCGCUCCCUCCGCCGCCGAUCGCCACGUCAUCACCUCCUUCAACGACCUCAGCGUGACGCUCGAUUUCCCCUCUUCCAACCUCCGAUUCUUCCUCGUCAGAGGAAGCCCCUUCCUCACUUGCUCCGUCUCCGGAAACACGCCCAUUUCAAUCUCCACCAUUCACGCCAUUCUCUCGUGUUCUUCCCCCACCAAUUCGCUCAACAAGUACACGGUCAAGCUCAACAACAACCAGACCUGGCUCAUUUACUCGUCGUCUCCAAUCAAUUUGACCCACACCACUUCUUCAAUCACCUCCGCCGCCGGAUUCUCCGGCAUCCUGAGGAUCGCGAUCCUGCCCGACGAAUCCGACCCGGGAUCCGAAUCCGAAUCCGUUCUCGAUCGGUUCAGCUCCUGCUACCCAGUUUCCGGGGAGGCGAUUCUCUCCAAGCCCUUCUCCGUCGAGUACAAAUGGGAGAAGAAAGGAUGGGGCGAUCUGCUUAUGCUCGCCCAUCCCCUGCAUCUCAAGCUCUUAUCCGGCGAUGACUGCGACGUCACCGUUAUGGAAGGCUUGAAGUACAGGAGCAUGGACGGUGACCUCGUAGCCGUCGCCGGCGAUUCGUGGGUCCUAAAAUCGGAUCCUGUUUCAGUGACUUGGCAUUCGAUUAAGGGAAUCAAAGACAAUGGCUACAAUGAAAUCGUGGAUGCGCUUCGCAAGGAUGUGGAUGGCUUGAAUGCAUCGGCGAUAGCCACGACCUCGUCUUACUUCUACGGCAAAUUGGUCGCCAGGGGAGCUAGAUUGGCGUUGAUCGCCGAGGAAGUCGGUUUCCCUGAUGUGAUUCCGGCAGUAAGGAAGUUCUUGAAGGAGACGAUUGAGCCAUGGCUGGAAGGGACAUUCAAUGGGAAUGGGUUUAUGUAUGAUGGCAAAUGGGGUGGCAUUGUUACCAAGCAAGGACUAACAGAUUCCGGUGCUGAUUUCGGGUUUGGCAUAUACAACGACCACCAUUUCCAUCUGGGUUAUUUCCUUUACGGCAUUGCUGUUCUUGCCAAGAUCGACCCGGCCUGGGGGAGAAAAUACAGGCCACAAGCUUACUCUCUAAUGGCCGAUUUCAUGAACCUGGGAAAGCGAUCGGAUUCGAGUUACACUCGUUUGAGGUGCUUCGAUCUGUACAAGCUUCAUUCUUGGGCGGGAGGGCUGACCGAAUUUGCGGAUGGACGGAAUCAGGAGAGCACAAGUGAGGCUGUGAAUGCAUAUUAUUCAGCUGCUUUGAUGGGAUUAGCUUAUGGAGACACCCAUCUCGUCGCCAUUGGAUCCUCGCUUGCUGCGAUGGAGAUUCAGGCAGCACAGACGUGGUGGCAUGUGAAGGAAGGUGACACCAUCUAUGCUACGGAUUUCACUGCUGAGAACAAAGUGGUGGGAGUGCUCUGGGCCAGCAAGAGGGACAGCGGGCUGUGGUUCGCGCCACCCGAAUGGAAGGAGUGCAGGCUUGGGAUUCAGGUGCUGCCAUUGCUGCCGAUCACUGAAGUGGUGUUCUCUGAUUUGAAGUUUGCGAGGGAGCUCGUGGAUUGGACUCUGCCGGCGUUGGGGAGGGAAGGAGUUGGAGAAGGUUGGAAAGGGUUUGUGUAUGCGUUGGAAGCGAUGUUUGAUAAAGGGAGUGCUUUGGAGAAGACCAAGAGGUUGAAUGGCCAUGACGAUGGGAAUUCGCUUAGUAAUAUGUUGUGGUGGAUACAUAGCAGAGAUGAUGAAGGAGGGUGUGAAGGUGGUGGAGGGAAGUUCUGCUGGUUUGGUCACUACUGUCACUAAAAGAUCAUUCCUUUAUGUUACAAGACAGUUAGUUUGUGGAAUAAAUUCUGGGUUUUGUUGCUGUGUGUGUUUCUGUACAUUAUGUAUUUGCUUGUUCUUCUUGAUUGUGUUUUUCUACGAGCCAUUUGCAUUUGGAAUCUGAUGAUACAUAUGCAGCAAUGGCGUCUGAAGUCUGCUGCAACCCAGAUACAUGGAAAAGGAAUACUAGUAUUAGCAUAACAGAAUAUGGCAAAUGAUGGCGAGAACCGUAAAAGCAUUUUGGAUUUGGAUAUGGAUGUUCUUCAAAUGCGCGAACACUUGGUCUGAGCUUUGGGAAAUGAUGAUGGGCAAUGAUAGGUUCUUAUCAACUGAACCACUUCAGUGCAGAGGUAGUCAAAGGAGAAGACGACUUAAAGAAGGAAAUCUUGCCUACUUUUCCAGUUUGUUAGAGUGGAAAAUUAGGGAACAACAAUAU